UUACAAAGUUUUUCUUUUUGAUCAAAACUUUACAAAGUUAUUUACCUUUUAUCUAUAAGUUAAAAGGAAACUAUAAACAUAGAUCUAAUAAAGCUAAUAAAUUUUUAGAUUUCAUAUGUUCUGAGAAUAUAUUUUAUUACAAUAUGUAUUUAUUUUUCAAGUACGUGCACUAAUUAACGUUUUUUCUUGAAUUCUGAUUUUAACACAAAAUAUUAAUUCCUAUUUUCUACAUUACUUAUUCUCUCCGGGAUCGGAAAACUGAACUGAACCAAACCAUUUUUUCGGUUCAAUUCGGGUUUGGAUCCUACCAAUUAUCAGAACAAUUAACGUUUUUUCUUUUCCAACUGCAAUUUAUAGUAUCAGAUCGUUUUUCAACAGUAUAACAUUAUUUUAUAAAAUAUAGCAUCAUAUAUAUAUAUAUUUUUGAAAACAAAAUGAUCUUGAAGGCUCAUAUAUAUGAAGACAAAAGAAACAUUUAUAAAAGAUUUUGAGAUGAUAAAAUAGUAAUUCAUUUAAUGUUUACUGAAUAGACCUUUUAUUAAUUAAUUAAUAGAGUUUCUUUUCCAGCUUGCCUUAAAAAGAAACUGUUGCACUUCCAGUUCCAGCUUUAGUUCAAUCACCUCUGCAAACAUCAUUGUUUCCGUCUCAACGUUCUUUCAAAUUUCAAACGUACAGUCAAACCAAAAAUUACAAAAAAAAAAACAAAGCUUUCAUCAUCUUUCAAGACAGAGAAGAGCUUAUGGUGUUUCUCCUCCCAACACUCAAACCUCAAACACUAAAGAGAGAAAAAGAGCCAAACUUUCUUCUCCAGCAAUGGAAGAUCUUGUUGAAGAGAGAGAAGACUUGAUGGUGUCUCCCUCCACCCAUCUUCUAAAACCCUGUUUCACCACCUCCAUUGAAGGGUCUCCUCCUCUUGACUUAAAGGCUCUGUCUUUGAGUGUUUCCUUCAACGGGUGGAGGUUUCCCAACGCAAAGUUCAAGUCUUGGGCAACAAAGAUGUCUGCUUUACACGAACCCACUUGGAAAAAAGCUGGAAUCUUCGAAGCAGUUGUUGCGUCCACUCUAAAAAUCACUAAAGACUCAGAUCUAGUUCUUGAAAUAGCUGAGAAAUGGUGUCCUGACACCAACACCUUUGUGUUCCCUUGGGGUGAAGCAACCAUAACACUUGAAGACGUCUUGUUGCUGUUAGGUUUCUCUGUUUUGGGCUCACCAGUUUUUGCUAGUUUAGAUAGCUCAGGAGAGAAGACUAAGGAGAAGCUAGAGAAAGAACGGGUGGUGCUUAAGAGAGAUCAAGUAAGUAAUAGAGCAACUCAAACAGUUUGGAUGAGUAGAUUCAUGGACAGUGGCGAUGAUGAUGAGCUGGAACAUGUGGCUUUUCUUGCCUUGUGGUUAAGCUACUUUGUGUUUCCCACACGGUACUAUCAGAUCAAUGAAGCUAUUUUUCCAGUUGCUGUUCAUCUCGCCAGUGGUGUUAGGAUUGGUUUGGCUCCAGCUGUACUUGCUCACUUGUAUGCUGACUUAACUCUCUUGAAAGACCACACUAGAGACUCCUCUAACGACAAGAUUGAGCUGAAUGCUUUGUUUAAGUUGGUCCAAGUCUGGACAUGGGAGAGAUUCAGGGAGCUACGUCCCAAAGACACUAAUCCGUUGCUAAAAGGUCAGAUAAGGUUGGCUCGUUGGGAUGAUGUGAAAGAGGGAAACAACGAUGUGAGACAAAAUCUAGACAACUCAAGUUUUGAGUGGCGACCAUUCACAAACACUGUGAAGAACUGGGAGUUUCCUAAGUUUUACCCGGAGAAAGCCAUAUGGGUUCGUGUUGGUCCUGAGCUUGAUGAGGCAUUCAUCUCCUUUACUAGAUGCAUCAAGGUGUCUGAGCUUGUUGGGAUGGACUGUGUGGAACACUACUUUCCUAACCGAGUGGCUGCACAGUUUGGUCUGCUUCAGGAUGUUCCUUGUCUUGUUAACAUGAACAACCUUUCAGAGGAGGAAGCUUGGAACGAGUAUGAUAAGCCUAUUGAGGAUUUGACAUUGUUCAUCCCUUCACGUUUUGCGGUACCUCGUGUUACGUCAAUGUUCUGCGACUGGUGGAGGAAGUCGUUUCCACAACUCCAGGGUUCAGUGAAGGAAAAAUGUGUUGGUGGUGACUAUGUUGAUGUGUCUGCUUCAGGUUCUAGGAAACGGAAGCUCAGGAAGCGAGUUUGUACUGUGGGUUGUUGUCAGACACGUGACAGUGAUGAUGAUGAAGAUCUUAGCCUUACCAUUGCUCAGAUUAGGAGACUUAGUAUUAAGAAGUGUAGUGGUGGAGAAGAUGCUUCUGAGCCGCUUGGUAAGAAGAGUAGGUUUGAGGUGGAUAACAAUGAUUUGGGCAAUCCUCAGGAUCUUGGUUCGGUAAGAGCUGAGGGAAAUGAAACUGUACCACCACCAGAGAUAAAACAAAAUAUGGUUAUGAGCCCAAACAACUCUUCAGAUCCUCCUCUUGGUUUUGAUGAUGCAACUCAAGACAUUCUUGUGUCACCACCGCUAGUGACAAGGCAAACUUGUGAUGAUGAGCUUGAUGUACAUGUAAGCAAUGUGGAGAAGAUGGCUAUGCCAAAUGAUGGCAACAAGGAGCCAGAGUGUCUGCUCCAUGAAGAUGGUGGCAUGGCUGGAGAAAAGGCGAGCUCAGAGAGAAGGAUGAUGACAGUUAACAAUGAACAAACUAGUUGUCAAAAUCUUGCUCCCGGAGGUUCUGAGUCAAACAGUGGUAAGGCUGUAGUUGAUGAAACUCAGGGACAUGAUUGCUUGUUUGAUGAUACUGUCCUUGGAAGUGAAGAACCAAUGAAAUCCAGUGAGCAGUUAGAAAAGAGACAAGAAGAUGUUGGUGGUGGUAAUGACUCAUAUGAAAAGAGUCUACACAAUGUGAAGGAGCUUGCAUCGUCGAUAGAGAAGCUGGGGUUGUCAAUAGAGGAGGGUAUUGCUAAGGCUGAAAGAAAUGUGGCAUGGUUGAAAGUAAUGAGAACUGCAAAACAGAAGAAAAUUGCAGCAGCAACUCGUUUGAUCUAAGGAAAGUUCAAUGAUGUUUUGGGAAGUCAGAUGCAAGUAGAAGAAUAUCAAACAUCUAUCUUUAACUGUGUGGUUUUUUUUAUGCUUAGUAUCUUUUGAAAGACUGGUUUGUUUAAGUGUUUCCUUUUGUAUGUUUUGAACUCAGUUAUGAGCUUAUUGCUUCUUGCUUUUUGUAAGAUCAAAUUUGGCUUGCAGGGUAGCUAAUUCAUCCUCAGAUAAUGUCAAUGAAACAGUCUGAAUUCAUCAUGUGAAAAUAGAUCAUCAUAUAUAAUAUGGAUUUAUGAAAGGGAUCCAUGUUGUUACAUUAGGAACUAUAGGACAGAGGCUGCACAACAGACAUACAUUGUAAGAUAAAUGAACUUAUGAAUUGACACAGAGAGGAGGACUCUGCAUAGUUCCUUUAUCUAUGUUAUCUAACUUUAUUGAUUGAUGAUUCUUUUGUUAAGUCUUAACUGUGAUCACUACUCUUCAUCAUUCUGAUUCUUUGAUGUAUACUAUUGACAAUCAAGUUUAUGAAAUAUUGAAUUCAUACUGAAAGUUA